AUGAACGGCCUCACCAGACAUCUUGCCUCGCAUGCUGCUCGUCUGCGACGAUGUAGGACUCAGCUAUCCGUACCGGCAGCCUUCGUGCGUCACAACUCUACUGACUCUAACGCGCCCUCCUCGUCCGACGCCUUGCCUCCUCAUGGCCAAGAAACAUCUCUCGAGGGGUUGGAGUCGCCCUAUCCAGACCUGAUGCAGCCGGACAUUAUCAUGGACCUGCACGAAGCCCAGACGUUCGCACCCAGCCGUCGCACACCCUUCCAAAAUAAGGUCAUCAUCCGCAAUGACCCCUCCAUGUUCACCGCCCUGCGGGACCAAGCAAAAUUGAAUGACCCCUUUGCUGCCGAGCAAGCAAGUCGCGCGCGCAAAGACACAAACGGCCCUCUCACGUUCCUUCACCUGACCCCCGCAGAAAUCAGCCGUCUGUACAGGUACCCCAUUCUGCGGCGCCGCGUCGUGCAACAGACGGGCAAGGGCAAGAUCCCGCGCCAGCACGUCGUCAUGGUGGUUGGAAACCAGAACGGCCUGGUCGGGAUUGGCGAGGGCAAGGCGGACGAGGCGCAGCGCGCGUCCCAGGCGGCGCUGAAGGAGGCCGUGCGCAACAUGGACUACAUCGAGCGGUUCGAGGCCCGCACCGUCUGGACGGAGAUGGAGAGCAAGUUUGGUUCGACCCGCAUUAUCCUGCGGCCGCGGCCGGUUGGGUUUGGGCUCCGGUGCAACCCAAACAUCUACCAGAUCCUCAAGGCGGCGGGGAUCAAGGACGUGAGUGCGAAGGUGUGGGGAAGCCGGAAUCCGCUGCAAGUUGUGAGGGCGCUGAUGCGCAUGUUGAUGCCGGGGAACUCUCCACUGGGCAUGGGCAAUGGAGUGGGAGGCAAGGGACGGAGGAUGGACAAGGGUGCUGGGUUGCGGGCUCAGGACGAGCUCGAGCGGGAGCGGGGCAGGAAACUGGUCCCAUUGCGGCUAUAG